AUGGGAGGAAGUUCAGUCAGUGAUGAUUGGGAGUUUAUUGCAAAUGAAGCUCAGACACUACUUAUGAUUGGGUGUAUAGGUGAAGGAAAAAGUGCCACGGGCAAUAGCAUUCUUGGUAGAAAUGCAUUCCAAUUGAGGUCUAGCUUUGGUGCUGUUACAAGAACUUGUGAAAUACAGAGGACUCGAUUAGAAGAUGGACAGAUUCUUGAUGUCAUCGAUACCCCUGCAUUUGAUUUUAAUGCUGAAUCUGGAUUAGUUGGAAAUGAAAUUGGUAGAUGCAUUGAUUUGGCCAAUGAUGGUGUCCACACUGUUCUUUUUGUUUUGUCUGUACGAACUAGCUUUUCAAAAGAAGAACAGGCUAUUAUCCAGUACUUUAAGAAACUCUUUGAGACCAAAAUUAGUGAUUACAUGAUUGUGGUCUACACUGGAGGGGAUAAGCUCGAAGAUAAUGACUCUUUGAAUGAUCACUUAGAUCAUUCCUGUCCCGAUGAUUUAAAGGAAGUUCUUAAGAUGUGUGGGAAUAGACAAGUGCUUUUCGACAAUAAAACUGAAGAUCCAGCGAAGAAAGCUGAACAAUUGAGGGAACUUCUUUUCCAUGUGAAUAUGGUUGUACAAACGACAGGUGGAAAACCAUAUACGAGUGAAUUAUUUGAGGAAGUAAAGAAGAUGAAGCUUCGUAAUGAUUCAGUGGAGGUUAAUUCAUUGCUCGGAGAUUUAAAGCAAGGGGUAACUGAGUUGAAGGAACAACUGCAGAGGUUCUCUUUCGUGGAGCAACAAAGGCGAAUAACUAAAAUGGUUGAAUCUAAGAUGAACAAUACCAUGCAUAGUCUUGAAAAGCAGUUGGAGGAGGAGCGUACUGCUCGGUUAGAGGCAGAAAGCAAAAUUCGUGAAUUGAAAGAUAGCUUAGAGAAAGCUCAAAGAGAGACUGAGGAGCUCACAGUCAAACAUCGCUCUUACAGCUGCUACAAAUGUCGAAGACAUGUCUCAUUUCACGAUGAUAUCAUCUCUACCAACUUCCAGUCAAAGAAAGGCAAGGCUUUCCUUUUUGCUCAUGUGAGAAAUGUUGUUGUUGGAACCAAUGAAGAAAAACGUCUCACAACUGGUCUUCACACAAUUGCUGACAUAUACUGUGUGGAUUGCAACGAGGUAUUGGGCUGGAAGUAUGAAAAAGCUGUUGAGCCAUCGCAGAAGUACAAGGAAGGGAAAUUCAUACUCGAGCUAUGCAAAAUUGUUAAAGACAAUUGGUAACUCAUAACCAUAGUCUUUUUUAUUUUAUGUCAGUACUUUGAUGCAAAGUAUUUUUUCCUGUCUCUGA